AUGUCGGAGCCCGAGGUGCGAAACAAGCUAUUUCACCCACUAGGUAAAAUUCGCGUUCUUUGGGAUCUUUGUGGCCUACUCUUGCUCAUCGCGGACACAAUUCUUUUGCCCUUGUCUCUGGCCUUCAAUUGGAACUCCAACACCCAAGAUGCUGGCAGCUUUUUUCUCUUGCUGGACUUCGUUGCCAGUGUGAUAUUCUGGACGCUCGACAUCUUCAUGAAUGUUAACACUGCGAUUUACGAGAGGGGCACGCUUGUCCUCGAUCGAAAGCAAGUGGUGAAACACUACUUGAAGACGUGGUGUGUGCUGGAUGUUUGCGUUGUGGCCCUGGACUAUGUUACCCUGGCAAAUGUCUUGGCAGAAGACGGAGGUGCGGACUUCUCAGUGCUCAGAUUUGCUCGCAUCAUCCGAGCAUUUCGUCUGCUACGACUGCUGAAAAUGGCGCGGUUUGACGACCUUAUGCAGGAGAUUGCGGCUUCCACGGGGCGGCAGUGGAUCAUGCUGGUGGUCGCGAUCAUAAACACCACCGUCGCCAUAUUCAUGAUUGCUCACUUGAUGACAUGCAUUUGGGUGGGCGUGGGGGUUUACAUAACUCGAAGUGACAAUUGGUUGGCACUUGCGGCCUUGGAGAACGGAGAUGCAGAUGCAGUUCAGAAACUGGAUCCCUGGCUGAAGUACCUCCAUGCCUUCCGCUACGUCAUGGAUGCGCCGUCGCCACCUGUCAUGGCAGCAGACAGCAAGGAGGAACGACUCUUUGACAUUCUGACUAGCAUCUUCUGCUUCGUGGUCAUUGGCGGAGCCAUUUCAAAGAUUUCUGGGACCAUGGUGGAGCUCCGCAGUAUGAACGAGGCAAAGUCGAAGCAGCGCUGUGAUCUUCGCCAGUACUUGCAGAGCCAAGACGCAUCCUUUGAACUUGUCUCGCGGGUGAUGAAGUUUGCGGAGUAUAAGCUUGACAAGAUGAUGCCAUCCAGCUUUGACAGCAGCUUGAUUUCGCAUACCUUACAGACAGAGCUCUCCGUGAACCAGAGAGCUCGAUACAUUCAGAAUGUCCCCAUAUUUGACCUGACCUCGCAGCUUUGGCCAGAAGUCUUUUCUGGCAUUUGCGUGGUUCUCCGCAAGGUCGUCUGCGAAAAUCGGGAGGACGUUUUUGUAGCCGGCGGGCUCUCCACGUCGCUCUACAUCACGGUCACAGGUGAGUACAGCCACGUGGAGGGCUAUGACGGCCAGGGCGAUAUCACAGAAAUGUCAGGUGUGAAUUUCUUGGAAGAGUUGAGCCUGUAUGUGGACGCCUUGGCGCACCAGUCUUCACUGAUGGCCAGGACUUUUGCUGAAAUGUUCACCCUGGAUGGCGAUAGCUUGGUCAAGUGCUUGCAAAAUGCACCCAGCUGUGCCGCCAUGUUCUUUGAGUAUGCCAAAGAGUUCACGAUGGCGGUGAAGAAGAUUGGCGGCAGGGCUUCUCUCCAAGUGCAGGGCGCGCUCUCUGAGAAAUGCUGCAGGAAGACCCAGAUUUACCAGGAUUUGUACCCGGACCUGGAGACCCAGCUGGAGAACAUCAAUCUCUCGCAUAUUGUCCCGCCCGUCGAACACACUGUCAAGCCUGACUCAAUUCAGCGAACGCCGACGGUAAGAUGGGAAGACUCAAAUCUGGAAGUUGAAGCUGAUGCUAAAGAGCCCACUUCAGAAAUGAAAUGUGGAGCAGAGCUGGUUUGGCUGAUCGAGGAGGGCUGGCCAAAUCAGCUUUCCGAAGCCGAUCUGCCUGAACAGCUACAGACGAGUCUUCCUGAGAUUUCCCCAGAUCAUGGGCCCCACGUUCUUUUUGAGCAGGGCCUAGAAAGAGAUCGCGCAGAGUCCUCCUGCAUCUGUACUUUGGCCUUGGUGCACAACCGCUAUGACAUCUUCACCAACGUGCAGCCGCAAUCUCAAAAGCUGUCGCUGUCCCAAUGGGAUCAGCUUCAGCACAUUGUGAGUUGGAUCAGGCCAACAAAGGAGAAGAUUCACGCGGUGCUAGUUCUCCUGGCCAUCCGAUCCCUGGGGAAGUCAAAGAUCGUGUCUAGCCAGGUGCCAAAGGAUGAGCGAAGCCCAGAAAGCGUGGUGCUACACCUGAUUGACUCCUUCCAGAACGUCGUGCCGUCUGUGCAAACUUUGAGUGAGGAAGGCCUGAUGUAUGCCAAGGGUGCACUCAACCUUCACUCCAUCUUCAACCUGGCUCAAAUGUUGCAGGGUGAAAAUGUGCCGGCCAAUGUGUUCCAGCUCCAGGAAAAUGUGAAAAGGGAUAAUGGCUCUGACGUGCUUCGCUUCUACAUCCUCUUCCUGCUGGGAUUCAUGAGUGGCCUUGGUGCUGGCAGAGGCUCCAAAUUCCUCACGGCGCGACGAGCAGAAAGUGUCAUUGACGGAGUGCGGAUGCUUAAGUACUUGCUCGAUGCCACUGCUUGUGGCAUAUACUGGGGAUACCUGGAGGCCAGAGCUCACGUCUUGAACGUCCCUUUCACCACGCCAGAAGACCUUGUGUUGGUACGGCUCGCUUGCUUGGCCCGCGUGGAGGAUCGAAAUGCCUACCGGCAGCUACAGGAAGCAUGGCACACGCUUGGGUCCAACGAGCGUACGUCCCUGCUGCAGCAUUUUCUUGCAGAUGGCAUCGAAGACAUGGCCUUUGUUUUUGAGUUCCUGCCAGACUGCGUGGCAAAUGCUGUUCGCAACCCAGCUAUUGGCCUCACAUGCUUACUGGAGUUGCUGGUUUGUCUUCUGAAUAUGCUUCAGCCAGCGGCAUCUGGAAUGAUGGCCAACAUGCCCAACACGAAGGUGAUCCUGGUGAACCUCUCCGACUUGAGCGAGUUCAUCGCAUGCGUUCGCAAUCGCUUCAUUUUCGAGACUUGUGUCUCGCGAUGCAAGGUGCGGUUCUCCAACGGUAGGGUUCAACUAGAGAUGACCGGCAGCAACUGGGCGCGCGUCAAUGAGCCAAACUCAGAUAUUACUAGCUUAGCCUAUAGCGUCAAAGAUGUUCUGCAAAAGCAGCGAUCUUUGGAGACGCAGCUCUUAAAGGGGCUUCGCGUUGGAUCAGGCCUGGACACUUUUGGUGUGUAG